AUCUCUCAGAGAAACAUCAUGUUGAUCCUUAAAUGCAUCAUUUGGGUCUUUUUUGUGUUCUUCAUUAAUAUAAUAGUCUGUUCCAGUGACAUGACUGACUUUGAAAGAGUUAAAUUGGAGGAGGGACGUGUCCUCAGUCUCCACCCACGAGAUGAUGCUUUUAACAAAGACAAUCAAAUACUGUGGACAUUUUUGAAUGGCAGUCAAAGUUCUCGCAUUGCCCAGAUGCAUAAUGGUAAAAUUUACACCCAUUAUGAUAAAAGAUUCACUGACAGAUUACAGCUGGACCAACAAACUGGAGCUUUAAACAUCUCAAACAUCAACACUGAUGAUUCGGGAGUUUAUGAAGCAUUAAUUAUCAACAAACAGAUUACAAAAAAGAAGUACAAAGUGGAUGUAUAUGCUCCUGUACCUCUCGUCAUCACAAGUUCACUGGUUAGUGUGCACCAGUUUCCAGCUUGCUUAUCUCUCUGCCUUCAGGUGCUUUUGUACUGUGAAAUCUGAAAUCUUUUGGUAUAUUUGAAGGGGGACUUGACUGCUUCAGCAUCUAGCACAGCUAAUAAAGAUAUCUGUGAUAAGUUCUGUCAUGUCCUGUUAACGAAAAAAUCUGAUUGUCUUUUAAA